AUGUUGGCCACGAGAGAGUGGGACAAAAUCAGGUUUGGGUUUAGCCACAAGCGAACCUUCUCCUUCCCAGCAUCGUUCCUAGCGGCCCAUCACUUCAUCGCGGCGACGGCGUGCCAGGAGGCGGACUACGGCUGGAUGAUCCGGCACUACUGCCUGAAGCAGUUCCAGCUCAGCAUGGAGGGCAUCGGGCAGCGGCUCUGGUGUGACUGGGAUGAGACGGUGGGCACCUACGGGGAGCUGACGAACUGCACGGCGCUGAUCGCCGAGAGGCUCGACUGCUACUGGCCCAACCGGCUGGUGGACGAGUUCUUCGUGGCCGUCCACAAGCAGUACUUCAGGAACUGCUCCCCCUCCGGCCGGGCACUGCACGACCCCCCAAACGGCAUCCUCUGCCCCUUCAUCCUGCUGCCUGUCCUCGUCACCCUGCUGAUGACUGGGCUGGUGGGGUGG